AUGGAGAUUUUAAAUAUCUUAGUGCCAGACAGAAACUCUAUUAAUCCUCAUCGUAUCACAACAACUAAACAACAACAAAAAAAAUCUAGGAUGUUGAGAGACAGUGUGAUGAUGAGUCUUGAAGAUAUGUGGAGAGUAAUAGCCAUGGUAGCCGUUUUUGGCAUCUACGUAUCACUCACCAGCCUCUGUCUUUCAUCGUCUUCGUCUUGGUACGCGCCCAUGGGGGCCACAACUUUGUACGUGGUGUUGAUGCUCAUGUCGUGCACCAAUUUUCGCAUCUACAAGGAAGAAGAGCCUCCUUUACCUGCUACACGUGCUGGUUUCUCUGUGAUUCUUAUGAUAUCCAUGUUUUAUUUCCCCUACUAUUACUCAAUCAUUGAUGCCUUCAUUUAUGUAUGCUCCUUGUUCGCCUUUGGGAUCUCCAUAUUCCAGCUCAGUGCUCAACUCUCCCAUGGACACAAAACACGUCUUCUACACCUUUUUCUUUGGUUUAAUCUCAGUUUGCAAUGGCUAUGGGCUCGGUUACGGAUGUUAAUAUGGGUAAUUACCCAUGGGUUUACCCAAACCCAUUGA